CUUCCCCUUAAACCCCCCCCGGGCAGCUUGUGACGUUAUAGGUUGAACUCUAACUAUUUUUUUCUUCUAACUUUGAAGAAGAACCAAACAAACUCCCCCCUAAAACUGGACAAUUCUAUCGAUGAGGUUGUCUAUUCAUGGACAUCGCUGAAUGCCUACUGCCCCUCUUCUUUUUCAGUACCUGUUGUCUGGGCCCUUUGAUUCCACUUGAAUCAAUCAGAUGCUUUCUAGCCUUUGCCCCUCCCAUUCCUUUUGCCUCAACUGGUGGAUCCGCCUCCCUUGUUCUAGCUCAAGUCACGGUCUUAGGCCGGGCUUUCGGGGGACCCAUGUGGAUUAUACCUAGGUAAACUUGAGUGAGACCUUCGACGACCUUGUGCUCCUCCUUCUAUUUUAAUCUAAGAAUAUCUCUUGCAAAGAACGUGUUCGAAAGCUGUCGAGGAGCGGGUUCUAGGCUUAGGGGUAGUUAAACAGUGUCUAAGUAUUACGUCGGCUCUUAGCUAAUUUGAAAUCAUGUUCUUCUUGAUGAUUUGCUCAUGUUUAUUAACACAGCAAGGGGCGAGGAGCUCCCUGGUGAUAGUUCUUUUAAUCCUUAUUUAUUGCCUUUCUUAUUUUUAAUAUUUGUGCCCGCUCUUCUUUUUUCUUUUACUCUCUAUAUUUCUUCCACCAGUCGCUUCCUCCGUUUGAGCCUUUUUUUCCGGCUCCAUUUUUAUCUCCCCCCUCGUUUCAUCAUCAUACAUAAGUCUUUUAGAGAAUACUUGUUACCUUGAUUCGUCAUACAACCACUCGUUUGCUGGCGAACGGCUUUUUUCCGUCCUUUUGAAGAAAGGCUUUCUGAUUCCCGCAGCUUGUCGAACAUUGUGAUGACUUGAUGAUCACCUUAUAUAUAUACUUCAGGCCAAUUCCUCAGCAAAUUCUCGCUAUUCCCAAGUGUUGAAAUCAACUGGGAGAAGCCUCCCCGAUUUAUUAUUGUUCUGAGGUGACGAUUUGCAACCUUGAUCGAGGAACCCAAAGCUCAGGAAAUCCAAGUAUUUUCCAUAUGCAUUCUUCGAGAGAAGAUAUUUCCAGGUCUCCAAGCCCAAGGGGCAGAGCGCCUCAUAUCUCGUUGACAGCCCCUCAAAAUUCGCCAGAUCAAAGUCCUGAUGCACGUAAAAGCACCUCGCACGUUCGCUCAACCAGCGAAGGAGAAGCUCAUGGCUCCCGAUCUCAUCCAGUGGGCCGUGUGAAAUUCAUUGGCGAUGAAGAAACGUCACAACGAGGCAAUGGCCAAAGCCCUCGGGACGCACUAGGUAUUGAGGGCAAUCUCCCACGAGCGCCGCCAGUAGCCCACUGCUAUCCGCGGAGAGAGUCUGAAAGCGACGUAUCGGAUGAUUUGGUCGGUUAUUUCGAUCACCAGGCAUCAUCAGGGGCCUCAACGCCCAUAGGCAGCAGCGAACACAUAUCAAGCAGGGUGAACCUUCUCCAUGACGAUGAGAACGCGAGACAGGAAGAUGCCGGUGAAAAGAGAAGGGCCUUGCAUGGCGCCCACGAAAGAGCACAGAGACUGGCUUCCUUCAUUCGUCGACCUUCCGCACAGACCAAAGAACAGGGCGGCCUUUUUCAUAGAUUUUCUCGCCGGCAGAGGAACAAGGCCGCACCGCCGCCUGAGCGACCCAAGCAGUCAUCGUGGGAUGAUCUGGAUAUAAUGGAGAAGCAAGCAUAUUAUUCCGACGAAGAUGAUCGUUCUGAUGAUGCGCAUAUAAAUGCGGAUCUUCGGGUUCAUGCUGAUAAGCUGAUGCGAAGCAUGCCGAUGGAAGAUUCUUACCCUCUCACCAGAGUUAGCGCACGAAGUCAGGACCUCACUUCUGGUCAGGUCACUCCCCUCGAAGAGAGAGAUCCUCAUGAUUACGUUGCCCGACCAUCACAUUAUAGACCCGGAGUCUUGGGAGCGUUGCUCAGGAUGUACGGAAACAGCGUGCAGGAGGAGCCGCAACCGCAUGAUGAAUGGUCGCCUUCACUCCAAGCUCCAAAUCGAGCAAUAGCCGGGAGAAGCUCGUCACGACCGCCAAAGCAGAAAUGGUACAAUAAUAAGCCCGGUCAUCAAUCCGUGCCUUUCCUGGACUCAUCCUCCCCGCUAGGAGGAUCACGGCGAUCGUCACUUACAGAUAAACAAUCAACUAGUGGGAAGAUUUUCACUCUUGCGAAGCAAAAAUUUAGCGGUAAAAGUCGUCUCGAGGAAGAGAUCCAGCUCAGGGUCCAUAUUCGAGAAACUCGCCAACGGAAGAAAUAUCUUGACAAACUCUGUCGUGCUCUAAUGAAUUGCGGGGCACCAUCACAUCGACUAGAAGAGUACAUGAGAAUGACGGCUCGAGUCCUCGAAUUAGAGGGCAGCUUUACGUAUUUUCCUGGAACCAUGCUUAUGGCAUUUGAGGACAGUACGACGGACACCACAGACUUAAAAAUGGUCCGGUCGCAUGAGGGCGUUGAUUUGGGCCGUCUACGUGACAUCCAGAUGAUUUACAAGGAAGUUGUUCACGACAUCAUCGGUGUGGAAGAGGCUAUGCAGCGGCUGCGAGACAUCAUGAAUGCGAAUCCGAAGUAUAGUGUCCCCUGGGUGAUAUUCCUGUACGGGUUAGCCAGCGCCAUGGUUGGCCCCUUUGCCUUUGGUGCACGACCAAUCGACAUGCCCAUUUGCUUCCUUCUGGGCUGUGUACUUGGUGUCCUGCAGCAUGUUCUUACCCCCCGCUCCUCGCACUAUGCCAAUGUGUUCGAAAUCUCUGCCGCUGUCAUCACCUCCUUCUUUGCUCGAGCAUUCGGAAGCAUAACGACGUCAAAGGGGCACCACCUUUUUUGCUUCGCAGCGCUGGCUCAGUCAUCCAUCUGUCUAAUUCUUCCAGGAUACAUUGUCCUAUGUGGCGCACUGGCAUUGCAAUCGCGCAAUAUUAUCGCCGGCUCUGUCCGCAUGGUCUACGCCAUUAUCUACUCCCUUUUCCUCGGCUUCGGAAUGCUCAUCGGCACUGCUCUUUACGGUGCUCUGGACAAAAACGCCACAGCCGCAUUUGCUUGUCCCGCCAGUCCCAUCAAAAACGAGUAUCUGCAGCGCUUCCCCUUCGUGAUCGGCUUCGCCAUCUGCUCCUCCCUCAUCAAUCAGGCAAAAUUUAAACAACUCCCCGUCAUGGCUACCAUCGCUGUUACCGGUUACAUUGUCCGCUUCUUCGCCGCACGCCAAUUCGUAUCGACCCAGAUCUCCAGCGCCCUGGGCGCCUUCGCAAUCGGCAUCAUGGGCAAUUUAUAUAGCCGGCUAGGACAUGGGCUGGCCGCUGCCGCCAUACUACCUGCUAUAUUUCUGCAGCUACCCUCAGGCUUGGCAUCCAGUGGUAGCCUAUUAUCAAGCCUAAUCGUUUCAACCAAUCUCAAGUCCACUGAUUUAGCGACGGAGCCGCUGAGCGAUCUAGCAAGUGACUUGUUGGGAAAUUCGUCUACGGCGAGUACAGAAGAGAUAAAAAAUAUGAUGGAGAGGUUAAUGAUGAACAGAUUUUGGGGGAAUGUGGUAUUUGAUAUUGGCUCUGGGAUGUUGGAGGUUGCUAUCGGGAUUUCAGGGGGAUUGUUCAUGGCGGCUCUGGUGGUUUACCCAUUCGGUAAGAGGAGAAGUGGAUUGUUUAGUUUUUGAUUUUUUUCAGACUCUUUUUUUUUUCUUUUUCUUUUUUCAAAGCGUGCAUACACGUGCUGGUCAUGAUAGCGAGGCUAUUUUUUAUUUGUUGUUUUGGCUUGCCUGGGCAAUUGGCGUCCGGGAUGUUCAUUAUUCGGCUAGCAUGGUUUCAAGGCGUAUACGGACGUUUCCUGUUCCAUAUUCAUAUAGAAAUAGAUUACAAUUUAGAGAUAUAUAUAGAAGGCAUUACUAUUUAUCUGUAUAGCAAACCCUGAUUUGUGAGAAAUGACUUACAAUAUAAAUUUGCGGAACAUGUAUGAUUCAUAAGAACUCCCUCCCUUAGAUGCUCUCAGUCGGCUUUCGCAUCAGCACAAUAUCCACUUCCUCACCUGAGCCAAGGGCGCUUUUAAUAUCAAUACUCC